CUGGCUGUGUUGGGUGCGUGCCAGUGUCCCAAUGUAAGGCAGGCCUGCCCGUGUGCCAGGAGUGCUGCUGCCAGCCGAAAACAGGUUCUCCAGCUCAGACAAGAGGUAGGGUACCCACCUAAAGCACUAAUACAUUGUUCACCAACCCCUGGUCCUGGGUGUGGAUACAACUGAUCUAAAUCUUGAUGAUUAGCUGAAAUGUGUGUGUGUGUGUACCUGUAUGCUCAGUGGUGGGAAAGGUACUCAAUUGUCAUACUUGAAUAAAAGUAAAGAUACCUUAAUAGAAAAUGACUAAAGUAAAAGUCACCCAGUAAAAUACUACUUGAGUUAGUGAUGCAAAUUUCGGUCAAUUUUGCUGCCGACUAACUGACCCUCAUUAACCGUCAACAAACGGUUACAUUCUUUCCAAACAGUAAAAUGACGUGAUCAACAGAAAAUACUAUCAGAGAUCCGUAUAUAAUGACGAGAUGCUUAUGUUUCCGCCCUAACAAUGGGAGUCGUCCCAAGGCUGGAAGGCAGGCGUAAGGCGACAAGUUAAGGCCCAAAAUAAGCCCAUAGAAACGCAUUGGACUUAUUUUGGACAGAUUUAGGCGAGAGUGAAACCUCUCGCUUCGCCUCUUCCUCUCUGAAACUAUGCAUGCAUACAAGGACCUGACAUUUUUCAUUAAGAGCUUGAUGGAAACAUCUAACAAUGCAAGCCUAUCGUCUUACAGUCAAAAGGCUAUAGCCUGUUAUUGAACGUACAACUCCUGUAAUGAACAGCUAAUAAAACGUCAUUUUCAAACAUUUGCCCGAAUGCAAUUCACGGAAAACACAGUUCUAAAAUGCGCACGUAAUUGAGCAGUUCCAUAUGUGACAGAGAUGAAAAUCUCUGUUAGAAAUGUAGAAAAGGGGGGAAUCUAAUAGCAACUACUAUGAUGGUUUGCUAAUAUGACUAGGAUUGUGCCUUUGGCUUCUGGACAACGAAAGAAAGUUGAUAUGAAAACCAAUAGAACAGGAGAGAAAUGCUGGCUAAUGGCAUGAGGAAGUCUUUAUAAAAUAAUUGCCUCCAUGUUUCUAUGGAUGGAUUUUGUCAAGGCUACUUUGACCCAAGGUCAGACAUGCCUCAUUAUUUGAAGUAAAGUAAAACAUUCAGGUUUCAAACAAUUAUACUGCCUCAAGCUCACAUUACAUUAUACUGCCUCAAGCUCACAUUACAUUAUACUGCCUCAAGCUCACAUUACAUUAUACUGCCUCAAGCUCACAUUACAUUAAACUGCCUCAAGCUCACAUUACAUUAUACUGCCUCAAGCUCACAUUACAUUAUACUGCCUCAAGCUCACAUUACAUUAUACUGCCUCAAGCUCACAUUACAUUAUACUGCCUCAAGCUCACAUUACAUUAUACUGCCUCAAGCUCACAUUACAUUAUACUGCCUCAAGCUCACAUUACAUUAUACUGCCUCAAGCUCACAUUACAUUAUACUGCCUCAAGCUCACAUUACAUUAUACUGCCUCAAGCUCACAUUACAUUAUACUGCCUCAAGCUCACAUUGCAAAGUGGUGUGUGACGCGCUGAUAGUCAACGGCAGGCAGGCUAUAGCCUAUGCAUCCGAAUGGCGAAUCAGAGGCGCGCUUUACCAGUUGAGAUUGAGAAAUUCAAAUAGCUCCUUUUUAAUCGUGGCCACCAAGGUUUUUAACACGCGAUUGCAUUUAGAAUUGUUAUUUGUUGCGCAAUGACUGGGAUUACAAAAGCAGGUUUCACUCCUGUAGCCUACAGGCUUUUUGAGGAGCCACUCUGGUGCCGUCUGACAUGUGGUAGGAUAUUCCUCUCCUCUAACUAGUCUCUGUAUGCUGUCUGACAGGUGAUAUUCCUCUCCUCUAACUAGUCUCUGUAUGCUGUCUGACAGGUGAUAUUCCUCUCCUCUAACUAGUCUCUGUAUGCUGUCUGACAGGUGAUAUUCCUCUCCUCUAACUAGUCUCUGUAUGCUGUCUGACAGGUGGUAGGAUAUUCCUCUCCUCUAACUAGUCUCUGUAUGCUGUCUGACAGGUGAUAUUCCUCUCCUCUAACUAGUCUCUGGUGCCGUCUGACAGGUGGUAGGAUAUUCCUCUCCUCUAACUAGUCUCUGUAUGCUGUCUGACAGGUGAUAUUCCUCACCUCUAACUAGUCUCUGUAUGCUGUGUGACAGGUGGUAGGAUAUUCCUCUCCUCUAACUAGUCUCUGUAUGCUGUCUGACAGGUGGUAUUCCUCUCCUCUAACUAGUCUCUGUGUGCUGUCUGACAGGUGAUAUUCCUCUCCUCUAACUAGUCUCUGUAUGCUGUCUGACAGGUGGUAGGAUAUUCCUCUCCUCUAACUAGUCUCUGUAUGCUGUCUGACAGGUGAUAUUCCUCUCCUCUAACUAGUCUCUGUAUGCUGUCUGACAGGUGAUAUUCCUCUCCUCUAACUAGUCUCAGUAUGCUGUCUGACAGGUGAUAUUCCUCUCCUCUAACUAGUCUCUGUAUGCUGUCUGACAGGUGGUAGGAUAUUCCUCUCCUCUAACUAGUCUCUGUAUGCUGUCUGACAGGUGAUAUUCCUCUCCUCUAACUAGUCUCUGUAUGCUGUCUGACAGGUGGUAGGAUAUUCCUCUCCUCUAACUAGUCUCUGUAUGCUGUCUGACAGGUGAUAUUCCUCUCCUCUAACUAGUCUCUGUAUGCUGUCUGACAGGUGAUAUUCCUCUCCUCUAACUAGUCUCUGUAUGCUGUCUGACAGGUGGUAGGAUAUUCCUCUCCUCUAACUAGUCUCUGUAUGCUGUCUGACAGGUGGUAGGAUAUUCCUCUCCUCUAACUAGUCUCUGUAUGCUGUCUGACAGGUGGUAUGAUAUUCCUCUCCUCUAACUAGUCUCUGUAUGCUGUCUGACAGGUGAUAUUCCUCUCCUCUAACUAGUCUCUGUAUGCUGUCUGACAGGUGGUAGGAUAUUCCUCUCCUCUAACUAGUCUCUGUAUGCUGUCUGACAGGUGGUAGGAUAUUCCUCUACUCUAACUAGUCUCAGUAUGCUGUCUGACAGGUGAUAUUCCUCUCCUCUAACUAGUCUCUGUAUGCUGUCUGACAGGUGAUAUUCCUCUCCUCUAACUAGUCUCUGUAUGCUGUCUGACAGGUGAUAUUCCUCUCCUCUAACUAGUCUCUGUAUGCUGUCUGACAGGUGAUAUUCCUCUCCUCUAACUAGUCUCUGUAUGCUGUCUGACAGGUGAUAUUCCUCUCCCUCUAACUAGUCUCUGUAUGCUGUCUGACAGGUGGUAGGAUAUUCCUCUCCUCUAACUAGUCUCUGUAUGCUGUCUGACAGGUGGUAGGAUAUUCCUCUCCUCUAACUAGUCUCUGUAUGCUGUGUGACAGGUGGUAGGAUAUUCCUCUCCUCUAACUAGUCUCUGUAUGCUGUCUGACAGGUGAUAUUCCUCUCCUCUAACUAGUCUCUGUAUGCUGUCUGACAGGUGGUAGGAUAUUCCUCUCCUCUAACUAGUCUCUGUAUGCUGUCUGACAGGUGAUAUUCCUCUCCUCUAACUAGUCUCUGUAUGCUGUCUGACAGGUGGUAGGAUAUUCCUCUCCUCUAACUAGUCUCUGUAUGCUGUCUGACAGGUGGUAGGAUAUUCCUCUCCUCUAACUAGUCUCUGUAUGCUGUCUGACAGGUGAUAUUCCUCUCCUCUAACUAGUCUCUGUAUGCUGUCUGACAGGUGAUAUUCCUCUCCUCUAACUAGUCUCUGUAUGCUGUCUGACAGGUGGUAGGAUAUUCCUCUCCUCUAACUAGUCUCUGUAUGCUGUCUGACAGGUGAUAUUCCUCUCCUCUAACUAGUCUCUGUAUGCUGUCUGACAGGUGGUAGGAUAUUCCUCUCCUCUAACUAGUCUCUGUAUGCUGUCUGACAGGUGGUAGGAUAUUCCUCUCCUCUAACUAGUCUCUGUAUGCUGUCUGACAGGUGAUAUUCCUCUCCUCUAACUAGUCUCUGUAUGCUGUCUGACAGGUGGUAGGAUAUUCCUCUCCUCUAACUAGUCUCUGUAUGCUGUCUGACAGGUGGUAGGAUAUUCCUCUCCUCUAACUAGUCUCUGUAUGCUGUCUGACAGGUGAUAUUCCUCUCCUCUAACUAGUCUCUGUAUGCUGUCUGACAGGUGAUAUUCCUCUCCUCUAACUAGUCUCUGUAUGCUGUCUGACAGGUGGUAGGAUAUUCCUCUCCUCUAACUAGUCUCUGUAUGCUGUCUGACAGGUGAUAUUCCUCUCCUCUAACUAGUCUCUGUAUGCUGUCUGACAGGUGGUAGGAUAUUCCUCUCCUCUAACUAGUCUCUGUGUGCUGUCUGACAGGUGAUAUUCCUCUCCUCUAACUAGUCUCUGUAUGCUGUCUGACAGGUGGUAGGAUAUUCCUCUCCUCUAACUAGUCUCUGUAUGCUAUUUGACAGGUGGUAGGAUAUUCCUCUCCUCUAACUAGUCUCUGUAUGCUGUCUGACAGGUGAUAUUCCUCUCCUCUAACUAGUCUCUGUAUGCUGUCUGACAGGUGGUAGGAUAUUCCUCUCCUCUAACUAGUCUCUGUAUGCUGUCUGACAGGUGGUAGGAUAUUCCUCUCCUCUAACUAGUCUCUGUAUGCUGUCUGACAGGUGAUAUUCCUCUCCUCUAACUAGUCUCUGUAUGCUGUCUGACAGGUGGUAGGAUAUUCCUCUCCUCUAACUAGUCUCUGUAUGCUGUCUGACAGGUGAUAUUCCUCUCCUCUAACUAGUCUCUGUGUGCUGUCUGACAGGUGGUAGGAUAUUCCUCUCCUCUAACUAGUCUCAGUAUGCUGUCUGACAGGUGAUAUUCCUCUACUCUAACUAGUCUCUGUAUGCUGUCUGACAGGUGGUAGGAUAUUCCUCUCCUCUAACUAGUCUCUGUAUGCUGUCUGACAGGUGAUAUUCCUCUCCUCUAACUAGUCUCUGUGUGCUGUCUGACAGGUGGUAGGAUAUUCCUCUACUCUAACUAGUCUCUGUAUGCUGUCUGACAGGUGGUAGGAUAUUCCUCUCCUCUAACUAGUCUCUGUAUGCUGUCUGACAGGUGAUAUUCCUCUCCUCUAACUAGUCUCUGUGUGCUGUCUGACAGGUGGUAGGAUAUUCCUCUACUCUAACUAGUCUCUGUAUGCUGUCUGACAGGUGGUAGGAUAUUCCUCUCCUCUAACUAGUCUCUGUAUGCUGUCUGACAGGUGAUAUUCCUCUCCUCUAACUAGUCUCAGUAUGCUGUCUGACAGGUGAUAUUCCUCUCCUCUAACUAGUCUCUGUAUGCUGUCUGACAGGUGAUAUUCCUCUCCUCUAACUAGUCUCUGUAUGCUGUCUGACAGGUGGUAGGAUAUUCCUCUCCUCUAACUAGUCUCUGUAUGCUGUCUGACAGGUGGUAGGAUAUUCCUCUCCUCUAACUAGUCUCUGUAUGCUGUCUGACAGGUGAUAUUCCUCUCCUCUAACUAGUCUCUGUAUGCUGUCUGACAGGUGAUAUUCCUCUCCUCUAACUAGUCUCUGUGUGCUGUCUGACAGGUGGUAGGAUAUUCCUCUCCUCUAACUAGUCUCUGUAUGCUGUCUGACAGGUGGUAGGAUAUUCCUCUCCUCUAACUAGUCUCUGUAUGCUGUCUGACAGGUGAUAUUCCUCUCCUCUAACUAGUCUCUGUAUGCUGUCUGACAGGUGGUAGGAUAUUCCUCUCCUCUAACUAGUCUCUGUAUGCUGUCUGACAGGUGAUAUUCCUCUACUCUAACUAGUCUCUGUAUGCUGUCUGACAGGUGAUAUUCCUCUCCUCUAACUAGUCUCUGUAUGCCGUCUGACAGGUGGUAGGAUAUUCCUCUCCUCUAACUAGUCUCUGUAUGCUGUCUGACAGGUGAUAUUCCUCUCCUCUAACUAGUCUCUGUAUGCUGUCUGACAGGUGAUAUUCCUCUCCUCUAACUAGUCUCUGUGUGCUGUCUGACAGGUGGUAGGAUAUUCCUCUCCUCUAACUAGUCUCUGUAUGCUGUCUGACAGGUGAUAUUCCUCUCCUCUAACUAGUCUCUGUGUGCUGUCUGACAGGUGGUAGGAUAUUCCUCUCCUCUAACUAGUCUCUGUAUGCUGUCUGACAGGUGAUAUUCCUCUACUCUAACUAGUCUCUGUAUGCUGUCUGACAGGUGGUAUUCCUCUCCUCUAACUAGUCUCUGUAUGCUGUCUGACAGGUGAUAUUCCUCUCCUCUAACUAGUCUCUGUAUGCUGUCUGACAGGUGGUAGGAUAUUCCUCUCCUCUAACUAGUCUCUGUAUGCUGUCUGACAGGUGAUAUUCCUCUCCUCUAACUAGUCUCUGUAUGCUGUCUGACAGGUGAUAUUCCUCUCCUCUAACUAGUCUCUGUAUGCUGUCUGACAGGUGGUAGGAUAUUCCUCUCCUCUAACUAGUCUCUGUAUGCUGUCUGACAGGUGGUAGGAUAUUCCUCUCCUCUAACUAGUCUCUGUAUGCUGUCUGACAGGUGAUAUUCCUCUCCUCUAACUAGUCUCUGUAUGCUGUCUGACAGGUGGUAGGAUAUUCCUCUCCUCUAACUAGUCUCUGUAUGCUGUCUAACAGGUGAUAUUCCUCUCCUCUAACUAGUCUCUGUAUGCUGUCUGACAGGUGGUAGGAUAUUCCUCUCCUCUAACUAGUCUCUGUAUGCUGUCUGACAGGUGAUAUUCCUCUCCUCUAACUAGUCUCAGUAUGCUGUCUGACAGGUGGUAGGAUAUUCCUCUCCUCUACCUAGUCUCUGUAUGCUGUCUGACAGGUGGUAGGAUAUUCCUCUCCUCUAACUAGUCUCUGUAUGCUGUCUGACAGGGUGAUAUUCCUCUCCUCUAACUAGUCUCUGUAUGCUGUCUGACAGGUGGUAGGAUAUUCCUCUCCUCUAACUAGUCUCUGUAUGCUGUCUGACAGGUGGUAGGAUAUUCCUCUCCUCUAACUAGUCUCUGUAUGCUGUCUGACAGGUGAUAUUCCUCUCCUCUAACUAGUCUCUGUAUGCUGUCUGACAGGUGAUAUUCCUCUCCUCUAACUAGUCUCUGUAUGCUGUCUGACAGGUGGUAGGAUAUUCCUCUCCUCUAACUAGUCUCUGUAUGCUGUCUGACAGGUGAUAUUCCUCUCCUCUAACUAGUCUCUGUAUGCUGUCUGACAGGUGGUAGGAUAUUCCUCUCCUCUAACUAGUCUCUGUGUGCUGUCUGACAGGUGAUAUUCCUCUCCUCUAACUAGUCUCUGUAUGCUGUCUGACAGGUGGUAGGAUAUUCCUCUCCUCUAACUAGUCUCUGUAUGCUGUCUGACAGGUGGUAGGAUAUUCCUCUCCUCUAACUAGUCUCUGUAUGCUGUCUGACAGGUGAUAUUCCUCUCCUCUAACUAGUCUCUGUAUGCUGUCUGACAGGUGGUAGGAUAUUCCUCUCCUCUAACUAGUCUCUGUAUGCUGUCUGACAGGUGGUAGGAUAUUCCUCUCCUCUAACUAGUCUCUGUAUGCUGUCUGACAGGUGAUAUUCCUCUCCUCUAACUAGUCUCUGUAUGCUGUCUGACAGGUGGUAGGAUAUUCCUCUCCUCUAACUAGUCUCUGUAUGCUGUCUGACAGGUGAUAUUCCUCUCCUCUAACUAGUCUCUGUGUGCUGUCUGACAGGUGGUAGGAUAUUCCUCUCCUCUAACUAGUCUCAGUAUGCUGUCUGACAGGUGAUAUUCCUCUACUCUAACUAGUCUCUGUAUGCUGUCUGACAGGUGGUAGGAUAUUCCUCUCCUCUAACUAGUCUCUGUAUGCUGUCUGACAGGUGAUAUUCCUCUCCUCUAACUAGUCUCUGUGUGCUGUCCUGACAGGUGGUAGGAUAUUCCUCUACUCUAACUAGUCUCUGUAUGCUGUCUGACAGGUGGUAGGAUAUUCCUCUCCUCUAACUAGUCUCUGUAUGCUGUCUGACAGGUGAUAUUCCUCUCCUCUAACUAGUCUCUGUGUGCUGUCUGACAGGUGGUAGGAUAUUCCUCUACUCUAACUAGUCUCUGUAUGCUGUCUGACAGGUGGUAGGAUAUUCCUCUCCUCUAACUAGUCUCUGUAUGCUGUCUGACAGGUGAUAUUCCUCUCCUCUAACUAGUCUCUGUGUGCUGUCUGACAGGUGGUAGGAUAUUCCUCUACUCUAACUAGUCUCUGUAUGCUGUCUGACAGGUGGUAGGAUAUUCCUCUCCUCUAACUAGUCUCUGUAUGCUGUCUGACAGGUGAUAUUCCUCUCCUCUAACUAGUCUCUGUGUGCUGUCUGACAGGUGGUAGGAUAUUCCUCUACUCUAACUAGUCUCUGUAUGCUGUCUGACAGGUGGUAGGAUAUUCCUCUCCUCUAACUAGUCUCUGUAUGCUGUCUGACAGGUGAUAUUCCUCUCCUCUAACUAGUCUCAGUAUGCUGUCUGACAGGUGAUAUUCCUCUCCUCUAACUAGUCUCUGUAUGCUGUCUGACAGGUGAUAUUCCUCUCCUCUAACUAGUCUCUGUAUGCUGUCUGACAGGUGGUAGGAUAUUCCUCUCCUCUAACUAGUCUCUGUAUGCUGUCUGACAGGUGGUAGGAUAUUCCUCUCCUCUAACUAGUCUCUGUAUGCUGUCUGACAGGUGAUAUUCCUCUCCUCUAACUAGUCUCUGUAUGCUGUCUGACAGGUGAUAUUCCUCUCCUCUAACUAGUCUCUGUGUGCUGUCUGACAGGUGGUAGGAUAUUCCUCUCCUCUAACUAGUCUCUGUAUGCUGUCUGACAGGUGGUAGGAUAUUCCUCUCCUCUAACUAGUCUCUGUAUGCUGUCUGACAGGUGAUAUUCCUCUCCUCUAACUAGUCUCUGUAUGCUGUCUGACAGGUGGUAGGAUAUUCCUCUCCUCUAACUAGUCUCUGUAUGCUGUCUGACAGGUGAUAUUCCUCUACUCUAACUAGUCUCUGUAUGCUGUCUGACAGGUGAUAUUCCUCUCCUCUAACUAGUCUCUGUAUGCCGUCUGACAGGUGGUAGGAUAUUCCUCUCCUCUAACUAGUCUCUGUAUGCUGUCUGACAGGUGAUAUUCCUCUCCUCUAACUAGUCUCUGUAUGCUGUCUGACAGGUGAUAUUCCUCUCCUCUAACUAGUCUCUGUGUGCUGUCUGACAGGUGGUAGGAUAUUCCUCUCCUCUAACUAGUCUCUGUAUGCUGUCUGACAGGUGAUAUUCCUCUCCUCUAACUAGUCUCUGUGUGCUGUCUGACAGGUGGUAGGAUAUUCCUCUCCUCUAACUAGUCUCUGUAUGCUGUCUGACAGGUGAUAUUCCUCUACUCUAACUAGUCUCUGUAUGCUGUCUGACAGGUGGUAUUCCUCUCCUCUAACUAGUCUCUGUAUGCUGUCUGACAGGUUGAUAUUCCUCUCCUCUAACUAGUCUCUGUAUGCUGUCUGACAGGUGGUAGGAUAUUCCUCUCCUCUAACUAGUCUCUGUAUGCUGUCUGACAGGUGAUAUUCCUCUCCUCUAACUAGUCUCUGUAUGCUGUCUGACAGGUGAUAUUCCUCUCCUCUAACUAGUCUCUGUAUGCUGUCUGACAGGUGGUAGGAUAUUCCUCUACUCUAACUAGUCUCUGUAUGCUGUCUGACAGGUGGUAUUCCUCUCCUCUAACUAGUCUCUGUAUGCUGUCUGACAGGUGAUAUUCCUCUCCUCUAACUAGUCUCUGUAUGCUGUCUGACAGGUGGUAGGAUAUUCCUCUCCUCUAACUAGUCUCUGUAUGCUGUCUGACAGGUGAUAUUCCUCUCCUCUAACUAGUCUCUGUAUGCUGUCUGACAGGUGAUAUUCCUCUCCUCUAACUAGUCUCUGUAUGCGUCUGACAGGUGGUAGGAUAUUCCUCUCCUCUAACUAGUCUCUGUAUGCUGUCUGACAGGUGGUAGGAUAUUCCUCUCCUCUAACUAGUCUCUGUAUGCUGUCUGACAGGUGAUAUUCCUCUCCUCUAACUAGUCUCUGUAUGCUGUCUGACAGGUGGUAGGAUAUUCCUCUCCUCUAACUAGUCUCUGUAUGCUGUCUGACAGGUGAUAUUCCUCUCCUCUAACUAGUCUCUGUAUGCUGUCUGACAGGUGGUAGGAUAUUCCUCUCCUCUAACUAGUCUCUGUAUGCUGUCUGACAGGUGAUAUUCCUCUCCUCUAACUAGUCUCAGUAUGCUGUCUGACAGGUGAUAUCCUCUCCUCUAACUAGUCUCAGUAUGCUGUCUGACAGGUGAUAUUCCUCUCCUCUAACUAGUCUCAGUAUGCUGUCCUGACAGGUGAUAUUCCUCUCCUCUAACUAGUCUCAGUAUGCUGUCUGACAGGUGAUAUUCCUCUCCUCUAACUAGUCUCUGUAUGCUGUCUGACAGGUGAUAUUCCUCUCCUCUAACUAGUCUCUGUAUGCUGUCUGACAGGUGGUAGGAUAUUCCUCUACUCUAACUAGUCUCUGUAUGCUGUCUGACAGGUGGUAUGAUAUUCCUCUCCUCUAACUAGUCUCUGUAUGCUGUCUGACAGGUGAUAUUCCUCUACUCUAACUAGUCUCUGUAUGCUGUCUGACAGGUGGUAGGAUAUUCCUCUCCUCUAACUAGUCUCUGUAUGCUGUCUGACAGGUGGUAGGAUAUUCCUCUCCUCUAACUAGUCUCUGUAUGCUGUCUGACAGGUGAUAUUCCUCUCCUCUAACUAGUCUCUGUAUGCUGUCUGACAGGUGAUAUUCCUCUCCUCUAACUAGUCUCUGUAUGCUGUCUGACAGGUGGUAGGAUAUUCCUCUCCUCUAACUAGUCUCAGUAUGCUGCGCGUGUGAGAAAUAAAAUGCAUGACGACUAACGAAAAUACACACGCGCCAAUUUAAUUCCACAAAAUUAUGCAAAUGUACCUAUAGACCGAUAAGCAUGACAGUCAAAUGUAUUUUCAGCAGCUAACCGAUUAACGGUUAACCGUUAACAUCCCUAACUUGAGUAAAAGUAUCUGGUUUUAAAUGUACUUAAGUACAGUGGUGGAAAAAGUACAACAUGUUCAUACUUGAGUAAAGGGUACAAAGUGAAAGUAAAUGCUGUACAUCAAAUUCCUUGCAUUACGCAAACCGGACUGCACAAUUUAUUUUUACGGACAGACAGCGGCACACUGCAACUCUCAGACACCAUUUACAAACACAGUAUUUGUGUUUAGUGAUUCAGCAGGUCACAGGCAGUAGGGAUCACAACGCGUUAUAUUGAUAGGUGCGUGAAUUGGAUCAUAAUUCCGUCCUGCCUGAGCAUUCUAAAUGUAAUGAGUAGUUUUUGGUGUCAGGGAAAUUUAUGGGAGUAAAAAGUAUAUAUUUUCUUUAGGGAUGUAGUGGAGUAAAAGUAAAAGUUGUGUGUGUGUGUGUACGUGUACGUGUGUGUGUGUUUGUGUGUGUGUGUGUACGUGUGUUUGUGUGUGUGUACGUGUGUUUGUGUGUGUGUGUUUGUGUGUGUGUAGCUGGAAUCCCAUGGCAGGAGGAGCGAGGAGGCGUUGCUGAUGGCAGACGCGUUUCGGAUCGCCUUCGAACAGCAGCUCAGGAGGCGCAGCGACCACUUCCUGCUUCUGGGCGAGACAGACAGGAACAAGCCCCGCCCACUCAGGCCAGAAGGUAUACUGUAUUGUCCUCACUUCAACAAGACAUAGAAACAUGGAAGUUAAUGUUCUGUGUGUCACAGUCAAUGGUGUAUAUAAACAUCUAUAUAAUAUUGAUAUACAGUGCAUUCGGAAAUUAUUCAGACCCCUUGACUUUUUCUACAUUUUGUUACGUUACAGCCUUAUUCUAAAAUGGAUUAAAGUACUUUUUUCCUCAGCAAUCUACACACAAUAACCCAUAAUGACAAAGCAAAAACAGUUUUUUAGAAAUUUUUGCAAAUGUAUAAAAAAUAAAAAACAGAAAUACCUUAUUUACAUAAGUAUUCAGACCCUUUACUAUGAGACUCGAAAUUGAGCUCAGGUGCAUCCUGUUUCCAUUGAUCAUCCUUGAGAUGUUUCUACAACUUGAUUAGAGUCCACCUGAAGUAUGGUGGUGGCAGCAUCAUGCUGUGGGGAUGUUUUUCAGCGGCAGGGACUGGGAGACUAGUCAGGAUCGAGGGAAAGAUGAACGGAGCAAAGUACAGAGAGAUCCUUGAUGAAAACCUGCUCCAGAGCGCUCAGAACCUCAGACUGGGGCGAAGGUUCACCUUCCAACAGGACAUCGACCCUAAGCACACAGCCAAAACAAUGCAUGAGUGGCUUCGGGACAUGUCUCUGAAUGUCCUUGAGUGGCCCAGCCAGAGCCAGGACUUGAACCCGAUCGAACAUCUCUGGAUAGACCUGAAAAUAGCUGUGCAGCGACGCUCCCCAUCCAACCUGACAGAGCUUGAGAGGAUCUGCAGAGAAGAAUGGGAGAAACUCCCAAAAUACAGGUGUGCCAAGCAUGUAGCGUCAUACCCAAGAAGACUCGAGGCAGUAAUCGCUGCCAAAGGUGCUUCAACAAAGUACUGAUUAAAGGGUCUGAAUACUUAUGUAAAUGUAAUAUGAACAAAAAUGUCUUACAACCUGUUUUUGCUUUGUCAUUGUGUGUAGAUUGAUGAGGGAAAAAAACAUUUAAUCAAUUUUAGAAUAAGGGUGUAACGUAACAAAAUGUGGAAAAGGUCAAGGGGUCUGAAUUCUUUCCGAAUGCACUGAUACAUCAUUGAUCACACUGUUUUUAAGACAAAAUAAGUGAGGCUGUUUGUACAGUACAGUGAAUGUACAGUGAAUGAAUGAAUCAAUGAUUGAAUGAAUGAAUGAAUGAAUGAAUGAAUGAAUGAAUGAAUGACUGGCUAUAUCUGUGUAUUGCAGGCAAGGAUAAGAGAGCAUCUCUCAGUGUGGCUCAGAGACUUAGAGGACUGCUGCCGUCCAGCACAGAGAUCACAGACGACCCCACAGAGACUCUGCACAAACUCCUCGACCUGGUCUGUACUGUACUGGACCCACACCCUAAUACAGCAGACUGGACCCACACCCUAAUACAGCAGACUGGACCCACACCCUAAUACAGCAGACUGGACCCACACCCUAAUACAGUAGACUGGACCCACACCCUAAUACAGUAGACUGGACCCACACCCUAAUACAGUAGACUGGACCCACACCCUAAUACAGUAGACUGGACCCACACCCCUAAUACAGUAGACUGGACCCACACCCUAAUACAGUAGACUGGACCCACACCCUAAUACAGUAGACUGGACCCACACCCUAAUACAGUAGACUGGACCCACACCCUAAUACAGUAGACUGGACCCACACCCUAAUACAGCAGACUGGACCCACACCCUAAUACAGUAGACUGGACCCACCCUAAUACAGUAGACUGGACCCACACCCUAAUACAGUAGACUGGACCCACACCCUAAUACAGUAGACUGGACCCACACCCUAAUACAGUAGACUGGACCCACACCCUAAUACAGUAGACUGGACCCACACCCUAAUACUGUAGACUGGACCCACACCCUAAUACAGUAGACUGGACCCACACCCUAAUACAGUAGACUGGACCCACACCCCUAAUACAGUAGACUGGACCCACACCCUAAUACAGCAGACUGGACCCACACCCUAAUACAGUAGACUGGACCCACACCCUAAUACAGUAGACUGGACCCACACCCUAAUACAGUAGACUGGACCCACACCCUAAUACAGCAGACUGGACCCACACCCUAAUACAGCAGACUGGACCCACACCCUAAUACAGCAGACUGGACCCACACCCUAAUACAGCAGACUGGACCCACACCCUAAUACAGCAGACUGGACCCACACCCUAAUACAGCAGACUGGACCCACACCCUAAUACAGCAGACUGGACCCACACCCUAAUACAGUAGACUGGACCCACCCUAAUACAGUAGACUGGACCCACACCCUAAUACAGUAGACUGGACCCAACACCUAUACAGUAGACUGGACCCACACACUAAUACAGUAGACUGGACCCACACCCUAAUACAGUAGACUGGACCCACACCCUAAUACAGUAGACUGGACCCACACCUAAUUACAGUAGAUGGAUCCCACACCCUAAUACAGCAGACUGGACCCACACCCUAAUACAGCAGACUGGACCCACACCCUAAUACAGUAGACUGACCCACACCCUAAUACAGUAGACUGGACACCACCCUAAUACAAGCAGACUGGACCCACACCACUAAUACAAGUAGACUGGACCCACACCCUAAUACAGUAGACUGGACCCACACCUAAUACAGCAGACUGGACCACACCCUAAUACAGUAGACUGGACCCACCCCUAAUACAGUAGACUGGACCCACACCCUAAUACAGUAGACUGGACCCACCACCUAAUACAGUAUACUGGACCCACACCCUAAUACAGUAGACUGGACCCACACCCUAAUACAGUAGACUGGACCCACACCCUAAUACAGUAGACUGGACCCACACCCUAAUACAGUAGACUGGACCCACACCUAAUACAGUAGACUGGACCCCACCCUAAUACAGUAGACUGGACCCACACCCUAAUACAGUAGACUGGACCACCACCCUAAUACAGUAGACUGACCCACACCCUAAUACAGUAGACUGGACCCACACCCUAUACAGUAGACUAGACCCACACCCUAAUACAAGUAGACUGGACCCACACCCUAAUACAGUUAGACUGGACCCACACCCUAAUACAGUAGACUGGACCCACACCCUAAUACAGUAGACUGGACCCACCCUAAUACAGUAGACUGGACCACACCCUAAUACAGUAGACUGGACCCACACCCUAAUACAGUAGACUGGACCCACCCUAAUACAGUAGACUGGACCCACACCCUAAUACAGUAGACUGGACCCACACCCUAAUACAGUAGACUGGAACCCACACCCUAAUACAGUAGACUGGACCCACACCCUAAUACAGUUAGACUGGACCCACACACCCUAAUACAGUCAGACUGGACCCACCCCUAAUACAGUAGACUGGACCCACCCCUAAUACAGUAGACUGGACCCACACCUAAUACAGUAGACUGGACCCACACCCUAAUACAGUAGACUGGACCCAACCCUAUACAGUAGACUGGACCCACCCUAAACAGUAGACUGGACCCACACCUAUACAGUAGACUGGACCCACCCCCUAAUACAGUAGACUGGACCCACACCCUAAUACAGUAGACUGGACCCACCCCCUAAUACAGCAGACUGGACCCACACCCUAAUACAGUAGACUGGACCCACACCCUAAUACAGUAGACUGGACCCACACCCUAAUACAGUAGACUGGACCCACACCCUAAUACAGUAGGACUGGACCCACACCGAAUACAGUAGACUGGACCCACCCCUAAUACAGUAGACUGGACCCACCCUAAUACAGCAGACUGGACCCACACCCUAAUACAGAGACUGGACCCAAACACCUAAUACAGUAGACUGGACCCACCCUAAUACAGUAGACUGGACCCACACCCUAAUACAGUAGACUGGACCCACCCUAAUACGGUAGACUGGACCCACACCCUAAUACAGUAGAUGACCCACGGAAAGUGAACGGACCAAAUACAGAGAUGGAAACCCUACCAACGCUAGAUGAACCUCAGACUGGGGCAAAGGUCACCUCCAAACAGAAACUGACCACUACGUAGCACUGACCCAACACAAUAGCAGUAUGGACUUGGACCAAGUCCCUGAAUGUCGAGAUGGCCCAACCAAGCCAGGACUUGAACCCGAAGAACAUCUCUGGAAGCCUAAAAUAGACUGGCCAGCACGCUCUCCCAUCCAACCUGACAGAGCUGGAGCCAUCCUAACGAAGAUGGACACGAAUACAGUAGACUGCCCAAAAUACAGGUGUGGCCACAUAAUCGUAGCGGCAACCCAAAGAGAUGGACCCAGGCCAGUAAUCGCUGGACCCAAGGCCUUCAACAAAGUACUGAAUUAAGAGGCUGAACUCACUAUAGUAGACUGAAAUGAAUACGUAUGUACUAUCCCUUAUACAUUGUGACCCACACAAAGUAUGGCUUACACCUAUCUUGUGCUGUACCACUAUCGUGUGGAGAUUGAGAGCGGGAAAAAACCAAUAUUAAUCAUUACGAAUAAGGCUGGACACGUAACCAAAAGUAGAGAAAAUAGUCAAGGGUCGAAUACUUUCCGAAUGCACCUGAUACAUCACUGACACACUUUUUUAAGGACCAACAAUAAGUGACUGGGACACCUAAUACAUGAUGACACAGAACAAUGAUUAAUGAUGGACAAUAAUAAUGAAUGACCAAUAAUGAAUGAAUGAAACCUGAAUGAAGGAAUGGAAACGAAAAUAGAAUGACACAUGAAUGAAGAGAAUGGCAACCCUGAAUUGCAGAAUGAUAAGGACCCAACCUAUCAGUGAUGGACCAACCCGAAUCAGAGACUGGACGUCCAGCACAAUGAUCACAGAGAGACCACCCCUAAACAGUAGACCUGGACCCAAACCCUAGACUGGUGUACUGGACAUGGACACCCACACCCUAAUACAGAGACUGGACCCACACCCUAAUACAGCAGACUGGACCCACACCCUAAUACAGCAGACUGGACCCACACCCUAAUACAGUAGACUGGACCCACACCCUAAUACAGAGACUGGACCCACACCCUAAUACAGUAGACUGGACCCACACCUAAUACAGUAGACUGGACCCACCCUAAUACAGUAGACUGGACCCACACCCUAAUACAGUAGACUGGACCCACACCCUAAUACAGUAGACUGGACCCACACCCUAAUACAGUAGACUGGACCCACCCCCUAAUACAGUAGACUGGACCCACAACCCCUAAUACAGUAGACUGGACCCACACCCUAAUACAGUAGACUGGACCCACACCCUAAUACAGUAGACUGGACCCACACCCAAUACAGUAGACUGGACCCACACCCUAAUACAGUAGACUGGACCCACACCCUAAUACAGUUAGACUGGACCCACCCUAAUACAGUAGACUGGACCCACACCCUAAUACAGUAGACUGGACCCACACCCAUAAGACAGUAUAGACUGGACCCCAAGUAGACUGGACCCACACCCUAAUACAGUAGACUGGACCCCAUAGAGACUGGACCCACACCCUAAUACAGAGACUGGACCCACACCCUAAUACAGUAGACUGGACCCACACCCUAAUACAGUAGACUGGACCCACACCCUAAUACAGUAGACUGGACCCACACCCUAAUACAGCAGACUGGACCCACACCCUAAUACAGUAGACUGGACCCACACCCUAAUACAGCAGACUGGACCCACCCUAAUACAGUAGACUGGACCCACACCCUAAUACAGUAGACUGGACCCACCACCUAAUACAGUAGACUGGACCCACACCCUAAUACAGUAGACUGGACCACACCCUAAUACAGUAGACUGGACCCACACCCUAAUACAGCAGAUGGACCCACACCCUAAUACAGUAGACUGGACCCCACCCUAAUACAGUAGACUGGACCCACCCUAAUACAGUAGACUGGACCCACACCCUAAUACAGUAGACUGGACCCACACCCUAAUACAGUAGACUGGACCCACACCCUAAUACAGUAGACUGGACCCACACCCUAAUACAGUAGACUGGACCCACACCCUAAUACAGUAGACUGGACCCACCCUAAUACAGCAGACUGGACCCACACCUAAUACAGUAGACUGGACCCACCCCCUAAUACAGUAGACUGGACCCACACCCUAAUACAGCAGACUGGACCCACACCCUAAUACAGUAGACUGGACCCACCCCCUAAUACAGUAGACUGGACCCACACCCUAAUACAGUAGACUGGACCAUAGACUGGACCCACACCCUAAUACAGUAGACUGGACCCACACCCUAAUACAGUAGACUGGACCCACACCCUAAUACAGUAGACUGGACCCACACCCUAAUACAGUAGACUGGACCCACACCCUAAUACAGUAGACUGGACCCACCCUAAUACAGUAGACUGGACCCACACCCUAAUACAGUAGACUGGACCCACCCUAAUACAGUAGACUGGACCCACACCCUAAUACAGUAGACUGGACCCACACCCUAAUACAGUAGACUGGACCCAACCCUAAUACAGUCUAGACUGGACCCACCCUAAUACAGUAGACUGGACCCACACCCUAAUACAGUGCUGGACCAACCCUAAUACAGUAGACUGGACCCACACCCUAAUACAGUAGACUGGCCCACCCAUCGUAGACUGGACCCACACCCUAAUACAGAGACUGGACCCACACCCUAAUACAGUAGACUGGACCCACACCCUAAUACAGUAGACUGGACCCACCCUAAUACAGUAGACUGGACCCACACCCUAAUACAGUAGACUGGACCCACACCCUAAUACAGUAGACUGGACCCACCCUAAUACAGUAGACUGGACCCACACCACUAAUACAGUAGACUGGACCCACACCCUAAUACAGAGACUGGACCCACACCCUAAUACAGUAGACUGGACCCACACCCUAAUACAGUAGACUGGACCCACACCUAAUACAGUAGACUGGACCCACCCUAAUACAGUAGACUGGACCACACCCUAAUACAGUAGACUGGACCCACACCCUAAUAAGUAGACGGACCCUAUAAGUAGACUGGACCACCCUAAAGGCGGACCCACCCUAAUACAGUAGACUGGACCCACACCCUAAUACAGUAGACUGGACCCACACCCUAAUACAGUAGACUGGACCCACACCAAAAAGCUGACAACUAUACGUAGACUGGACCCACACCCUAAUACAGAGACUGGACCACACCCUAAUACAGUAGACUGGACCCACACCCUAAUACAGUAGACUGGACCCACCCUAAUACAGUAGACUGGACCCACCCCCUAAUACAGUAGACUGGACCCACACCCUAAUACAGUAGACUGGACCCACACCCUAAUACAGUAGACUGGACCCACACCCUAAUACAGUAGACUGGACCCACACCCUAAUACAGUAGACUGGACCCACACCCUAAUACAGUAGACUGGACCCACCCUAAUACAGUAGACUGGACCCACACCCUAAUACAUAGUGACUGGACCCACACCCUAAUACAGUAGACUGGACCCACACCCUAAUACAGUAGAACUGGACCCACACCCUAAUACAGUAGACUGGACCCACACCCUAACUACAGUAGACUGGACCCACACCCUAAUACAGUAGACUGGACCCACACCCUAAUACAGUAGACUGGACCCACACCCUAAUACAGUAAGACCCCUGGAGACCCACACCCUAAUACAGUAGACUGGACCCACACCCUAAUACAGAGACUGGACCCAACCCUAAUACAGAGACUGGACCCACACCCUAAUACAGUAGACUGGCCCUGCAUAAUUAGGGCCAUGAAUAUUUCCUGUCCAGUGGAUAAAUAAAUUAGAAUAUGGGUUUAUAUUUGUAGAAGUUCAGGUAGUAUUUCAAACGUUCAAAAAUGUGAUCGGCUUUUAAGUCCUCCUCAAGUUAUGUCAAUCUUAUCUCUAUUUAUUUGGAUUUCUUGGUUCUCUUCUGUCUCUCUCUCUCUGCUACUCUAUCUAUCUCUCUAUCUCUCUCUCUCUCUCUCUAGACUCUCUCUCCUCUCUCUCUCUCUCUCCUAUCCCCCUUAUCUCUCCCCCCAUCUCCCUGUGUAGUGAGUGAUAAGGAAGAAGCUCUAGCUCACCAGAGGAAGGUUAGCUUCAUGCUAGCCCGCAACACAGAGGAACUAGAGCGACGGUUGCAGACAGACUAUAUGCUGCAGACACAGGUCACACCACCCCCACACCGUUCUUCAGACACCCACACAUGCAAGUCCAACCAUGCAGGCACAGGCAGCUGCAGUUCCAACCAUGUCCAGGAGAGGGCAGGAGAGGACCAGUGUUAUGGUGGGGCAUCAUCAUCAGAAUCAGACGCCACAGACCUCCAGCCCUCCGAGAUCCAAGAGGCUGAGACUGAAGCCACCGACCUCCAGAUACAGGGCCUCUCUCUGGUGCAGUCACCCAUCGAGAGAGAGGGAGUUGAUAAGCGA